AUGCGUGCAUUAUGUGUUCGAGAAAGGAGACCUCUUGUCGCCUUGGUGUCCCAGCACUGGACGAGGUCUGCUUCUGUCUUCCCCGCCCAGCGCGAAGUAAUUCGACGCCGGAGUGCUAGUACUAGUACUAGUACUACUCAUGCCUCAUGUCUAGAGACCGGGCAUAUCGAGGUGGGCGAGAACGAGGCUCUGUUAUUUGUGAACAAUAUCUUUCCUUCAAGGUUACAGUGGGUGUUACAGGGCCCUCUCCGCACCACGAGGUCAUACGAAGAGGCCUUGAAACGCAUUAAUAGGCCACAACUGGCGGCCUCUGAUCCGCUAAAUAUCAUUCGCCGCGUAUUUCCGGAGGGUCUGGAUCUGGAAAUCCAAGAAGUCGUCCCACGCUUCAGAGAAGGCGGCUCUUUUGUCAAGUACGCUCGUAAGGCAGGGCUGAACGACGUCGACAUCGAAGCGGCCAUUAAGGCGAACCUGGAAGACAAUCCAAUUCGACCAUGGUUCAAUCCAUUCCAAAAGGUUAGGGUUGCUCGCGUUCUGGGUCGCCCGUGGAUCGAAGACCUGUAUCGCAUCCCAAGUAAGCGACUGAGGGUUGAGUUCCUGCCACAAUCCGCCGACGGAUCCGCGGUGGACUUGACGACCGAAACCCUCUAUUCGGCCUUCCGCGGCUAUGGGAAAUUGAAAGACAUCGAAAAACAGCCGUCGGACUCGAAGGUCUUGCCCAGAUAUGCCCAGGUCGAAUUCACGCGUCCGAUGUAUGCGGUCAUGGCCAAGAACUGCAUGCACGGAUUCAUUGUUUCGGAAGAGGCUGGCGGCGGCAAAUCGGGCACGAGGAUCAGGAUCAUGUACGAGCGGAAGAUAAAGUGGUCCAUAUUCAAAGACUGGAUUGUGAACCAUCCAAGGCUUGUGAUCCCUGCCGUUGCCGCGCUGGUCGCGGCCAUCACGGUGGCUGUCUUUGACCCUAUUCGCACGUUUUUCAUUGAAAUGAAGAUCAAAGCGACCGUCCACACUGAAGAGAACGAUGUUCUGCGUUGGAUCCGCAAGCAGGUCAGCAAGGCCAAUAUGAUCUAUUUCGGUAAUCGUGGUGCCGACCCGCGGGGGCUCACGGCCAUCUGGGAGGACCGCCAGGCGGACAUCUCGCAGCUGCGCUCCUGGUUGAUGGAGAACGUCGAGACUUUUAUUGUCGUCCAUGGCCCUCGGGGCUCGGGCAAGCAGGAACUGGUCCUGGAACGUGCCCUCGAGAAUUACAAGUACAAGAUUGUCAUCGACUGCAAACAGAUACAGGACGCCAGAGGUGACACGGCCAAGAUUGCGCGAGCGGCCAGCCAAGUGGGCUAUCGGCCAGUAUUCUCUUGGAUGAACAGUAUUAGCAGCUUCAUUGAUCUCGCAGCGCAGGGCAUGAUUGGGACCAAAGCAGGAUUUUCAGAGACUCUCGAUGCGCAACUCAGCAAGAUUUGGCAGAACACCGCUACGGCUUUGAAGAGGGUCACACUGCAACAGAGGCAAAAGACCGACAAGGACUUCCAUCUGAGCGACGAAGAAUACCUCGAGUCGCAUCCCGAACAGCGACCCGUAGUGGUUAUCGACAACUUCUUACACAAUGCCCCGGAGGGUAGCGUGGUGUACGAGAAGAUUACCGAGUGGGCCGCUGAACUGACAGCCGGCAAUAUCGCUCAUGUCAUCUUCUUGACAACGGAUGUCUCCUUCGCCAAACCCCUCAGCAAAGCCAUGCCGAACUCGGUAUUUCGCACGAUUUCAUUGGGAGACUGUUCCCUGGAAGUCGGGAGGAGGUUUGUACUGAAUCACCUGGGCGAUGGAGCAAAGAUUGAAAACCAGCAGCUUGGAAACAAGGAGGGCCCCCAAGAUCUUGAUAGCUGCAUUGAGAUGUUGGGAGGCCGUGUGACCGACCUUGAAUUUUUGGCUCAUCGUAUCGAAGCAGGAGAAACGCCCCGAGCUGCUGUCAAUCGUAUUGUGGAGCAGUCCAUCUCCGAAAUCCUCAAGAUGUUCAUAUUGGGCGUGGAGACUGGGAGUCGACAAUGGAGUCAGCAACAGGUCUGGUCUCUGAUCAAAAUGCUGGCACAGGCGGAGGAUGGAAAGCUCCCGUAUAGCCGAGUGCUCCUCUCGGAUCUGUUCAAGGAUGAUGGCGAGACCGCCCUACGAGCACUUGAGCAGGCAGAACUCAUCACCAUCGCCUCGAUCAACGGCUCCCCUGAAACGGUUAAACCCGGCAAACCAGUCUAUCGUGCCGUGUUCAAAAGAUUGACCCAGAACACGACGCUGAGCAGCCGCCUGGACUUAGACAUCUUCUCGCAACUCAUCCGCGCGGAAAACAAAAGCAUCGCCAAGUAUGAGGAGGAACUGCAGCUGUUGGGGUCGUUGCCCAAGCAGCCUCGAGAGCUCACGCCGAGAAUACAGUGGCUUCUGCAGAAAGUGUACAGUUCUCAAGACAAGAUCAGCAAGUAUGAGACAGACAGUGCAGUUCUGAAGAAGAUCCUGCAGAGUCAGCAGUGA